AUGAAUUCUGAAAUAAAUAUAGUAAGUGGCGAAAAGCGCAGCUAUGAAGAAUCUGAAUUCGAAUCCAAAAGGCCUCGUCUUGAUAACCAAUCAACAGCCGAUUCGAGUUCAAGCUCCUUAUAUUUAGAUACUAUAAAUCGUCAUAUGUUGGACUUUGAUUUCGAAAAAGUCUGUUCUGUCUCUUUAUCAAAUCUAAAUGUAUAUGCUUGUUUAGUAUGCGGUAAAUAUUUCCAAGGGCGCGGGCGUAAUUCGCACGCUUAUUUCCAUAGUCUGCACGAGGACCAUCAUGUUUUUAUCAAUUUGCACACAUUACAAGUGUAUGUUUUGCCUGAUGGAUAUGAGGUCAAAGAUUCUUCCUUGAAUGAUAUAAAGUAUGUACUUCAUCCAACGUUCACCAAAGAACAAGUUGCUCUGCUAGACCAGAAUACAAAACAUUCAUAUGAUUUAAAUAAUAAGAAAUAUUUGCCAGGCUUUGUGGGCCUUAAUAAUGUAAAAGCCAAUGAUUAUGUUAAUGUAGUAAUACAAGCAUUGGCGCAUAUUCCUCCGCUUAGAGAUUAUUUCAUAUUGCAAAAUUUUGAAAAUAGUUCCCAGUUGGUACAACGAUUUAGUAUUCUUGUUCGCAAAAUUUGGAACCCCCAGGCAUUUAAGGGCCAAGUUAGUCCUCACGAACUACUUCAAGAAAUUUCAAAUGCCAGUAAUAAAAGAUUCAAACUUGCUGAACAAAGUGAUCCAAUUGAUUUUCUGUGUUGGUUUUUGAAUUCCCUGCAUAAAGAUUUAGGUGGCACAAAGAAACAAAACAGUAGUAUGUGUGACAUAAGUCUGGUUUAUAAGGAUUUAAUGGGUGAAGUCAAGGUAGAAUCACAGAUGAUUAUUGCGAAACCGGAUGUAGAUAUCGAUGAAAAAGAUCGAUCGUUUGAUGAUGAUAGAGGUUGUAUAUCAUAUUACACUCACUGUUUAAUUAGAAGCAAUUUCUUAACUAUUCAACUCGAUAAUUUAGAGAUUGUAACAAAAAGGUCACCAUUUCUCUUAUUAAAUUUGGACUUACCUCCUCCUCCAUUGUUUCAAGAUGAGGUUGAAAAGAACAUUAUUCCACAAGUUGCUUUGACAAUGAUACUAUCGAAGUACGAGGGUCGCGCACCUCAGGAAUCAGCUGGUACUUUAAAAAAGUCACAAUUGGUACGCCUACCCAAUUACAUCAUAUUUCAUAUCAAACGCUUCACAAAAAAUAAUUGGGCCGCAGAGAAAAAUCCAACAAUCGUCAAUUUUCCUAUUAAAAAUCUUGAUAUGGGAGAAUACUUAGAAAGCUCUAAUGCUGAAAAACUUGGCACUCAUUAUGACCUAAUCGCCAAUAUUUGUCAUGAAGGUAAGCCGGGCAAAGGUAAUGGUAUUUAUAAGGUGCAUGUUCAACAUCGUGGCAAAGAUCAAUGGUACCAGAUUCAAGACUUAAUCGUUGAAGAAAUUAAUGCACAAAUGAUCUUUCUAUCCGAAAGUUAUAUCCAGGCAACGUUUUUUAAUUUAGAAAUCUAA